GGGGGGAGGGGGACGCCAGGGGCGGGGCCGGGAAAGUUUCUUUCCCAACUCUCUGGGUAACGUCCUAACCACUGCAGCCGCCCCCGCCGCCGCCUGCUUCCGUGUAGUCUGAACCCGGCCCUGGCUCCGGCUUGGCCUGGGAUGGAGCUGCCCGCCGUGAACCUCAAGGCCAUUGUUCUGGUGCACUGGCUGUUGACAACAUGGGGCUGUUUGGCAUUCUCAAACUCCUAUGCUUGGGCUAAUUUCACCGUCCUGGCUCUGGGGGUGUGGGCCGUUGCUCAACGAGAUUCCCUGGAUGCCAUAAUUAUGUUUCUGGUCGGCCUGGCCAUCACCAUCCUCCUGGAUAUCAUCUACAUCAGCAUCUUCUACCCACAUGGGGUCCCACUGUCCGACACGAUACGUUUCAGCACGGGCAUGGCCAUCUUCAGCCUCCUGCUGAAGCCCCUGUCCUGCCUCUUUGUCUACCACAUGUACCGAGAGCGAGGGGGCGAGUUCAUCCUCAACAUAGGUUCCUUUGGCCCAUUGCAGGAGCGCAGCUCGUACCAGACCAUUGACACACAGGAGGACCCUGCCUUGGCACACCCCUAUGCAGACCUGGAGAGCAAGCCAGCAGCUCGACCCUACUGAGACCCCACUCCCACCCGAUGUCCCCAGAGAUCUUAACCACCUCCUCCUCCUCUAAUGCUGGGCAUUCAUUCCCUACACUGAAGACUCUCUCACUCCAUUCCCCCUUGCCCUUCCCUCUCAGAGCUUAUGAGCCUCUACCACUGGGUGAUGUCUCCGUCUCUGCUUCCCUUGGACGAAGUGGGCUCAUCAUUGAGCGACAGUCUCUCUCCUCCAAUUGUGAGCCACCUCCCAGGCUCUCAGCACCGUACUCCCCAAGGUCUGUCUUACCCUUGAGAGACUCCCUACCACUACCACUUUAAUGCACUUUUGAUAGGCUGAGUCCGUCUGGCGCCCCCUUCAGGGCCACACUGCCAAGUGCCUCAGCUGUGCCAGGGUCUCUGCAGCCCCAAGUGUGGCCAGUGAGGGAAGCCGUCCUCCCCAUCCCCAGGUGGGUGGCUAGCAUUUCCAUAGCAUUGCCUCCAUGGCUAUGGGGCAACACUGAGGGAAGCCUCUCCCUCUGCUGCUCCCCAGGGGCGCUGCUCCACCAUGCACACUGGGACGGAGCCUCUGAAACACUGCCAUUGCCUUCGUUCUGUAAGUGCCGAGUCAUGGCAUUAAAGCUUGAGGAAUCCA